AUGCGUCUCUGGUGGUUAUCUCUCCCGCUCCUCGCCAGCGCCUUUCACAAUAUCACCUAUGUCUCCAACGAUCCUGCACUCGUUUACACGCCAACCAACACUUGGCAGAAUUGGCCUCCCAACGGCUGUCUAAACUUUCCCAUCGGACAAUGGUCAAAGGUGCCCGGCACCAUUACACUCAAGUUCUCUGGCGUCGCAGUCUUUGCCUAUGGCCUCUUUGACGACGAUACAAACCCCAUCUACACCAUCCAGGUCGACGACGAGUCGCCGGUUCGUCUCGGAGAUUAUACUUCGACAAACUGCGAGCUCUUUUCAAAGACGGGUCUCCGCGCCGGGAACCACACCAUCAUCUUCCGUCUCACAGGGGAACGGCCAGGAGACGUAAAGGAUCUUAGCUUUCAGGGCUUUAUUGUGACUGUCCCAGAUGUGGGAGACGACGUUACACAAACUUCGAAUAAUACACCAUCCAGAAAGUCCAACACAGCCAUCAUCGCCGCAGCUGUAGCCAUUGGAGUCGCUGCUCUUGUUGGUGUCAUCAUUGGCAUCUACUUCUGGCGAUCCAGGCGAAACCGAGCUCAAAAGGGUCAGCCAAUUGGAGUCCCACCCCCAUCUUCAUUUAGCAACCAACCACCGGUCACUACACAGUACAACAACGGCUUUGAUCCAAGCAUCCCACAACCUACGCCGUUCUUCGUCCCUCCACGUGAAAACUCGCCACACAAUAACCCAACGCCUGCAUGGGCGGCUCCGAUGCCUGGAGAGGGUCCCUCGCAUCCCAACUCUCCAUACAAUCAACCAGGACAAGCCGGGUAUUUCCCUCCCCCACCUUCUAACAAUAUACCCGCGGAAACAGGAUAUCCAAACUACUACGGCCCAUCACCGUCCAACGCAGGCAGCUCAUCGGGCUACGGUGCACCAAACUCUCCACCACCAUUCCAGCAAGGAGGCACACAGGGGGGCUACAAUUAUCAACCUCCACCACCAGUCUCGCCAGCCCCCACCUCGAGCUACAUGCCAGCAGCCUCCGAAGUCUCUUACACGCAAAUGUCCGAUGUGACGCAGUCGAGUGGUGGGUAUAAACCCCCAAUUGACACAAAGGCGACGCCGUUUGCCAAGGGCGCCGUGAAUCCAAACGCUGCGCCUGUCCAUCGUGUGGAUGGUCCGAGUGGUUCAAAUCCCCAAGCCCCGCCACAAUACGACGCGCCUUUCUAG